AUGGACAACUCCCUCAACAUCCCCUCUAUUGAGUCACAGUUCGAGUUCGAACAUUUGGAAACUGUAGAGAAAGCUGCGGCCAAUGGUCAUAUCGCUCUCAUUGAACACUUCAUUCGGACCAGGCCACAGUAUGUCAUAGAGACUGCCGGAUAUCAUGCAGCAAGAGCCGGACAGAUGAAGGUGCUCAAGUACCUGCACGCCUUGAACCAAGUUGGCACGACCAUGCUCUUCGAUGAGUACACGAUGGGUCAUGCAGCAUCCAACGGUCAGUUGGAGGCCGUUCUCUUCCUGCAUCACUGUCGCACUGAAGGCUGCACCAAGGGUGCAAUGGAUAUGGCGGCAGCAAACGGCCACCUGGCAGUGGUGGAGUUCCUUCACGCGAAUCGCACCGAGGGAUGCUCAGCCGACGCCAUGGCCUUUGCCGCGCGAGACGGUCGCGUGGACAUUAUCAAGUUCCUCUACAAAAACCGCACCGAAGGCUGCGUACUUCGGUCAUUGGCCUUCUGGAGCGAGGGCUCCGGUCAGGCUCAGGCUGCGAUGGUCUUUCUCUAUGAACUACAAUGCCGAGAACAAUGCCCACUAUGUCAUAACAGCAAAGACAUGUUGCUCUACCGCGGCUUCGUCGAAGAGGUGCACGAUCUAGAGCUCAGGCAAGAGAAAUCCGAUUAUUAA